AAUCUCAACGCGACCGCGAACACUACACAACGCACCGACCGCUCCUCACUAGUGCUACAUUUAUUGUUAGUUAUUCAUCGUUAGUAGUGUUUAUACGAGUGCCUUAAAAUGACUGUGAACAAGAAUUCAACUACGACAAAGACCAAGAAAAAAUCUUCGGUCUCUAAUGCCGCUAGUUCUUCCAGUUCAACGACUGUAGCCAGCACCUCGAGCACUUCCAAGACCACAAAAACUUCAAAAGUCGUCGGUACGUCCAGCACGAAGACUGAAGUUGCCGGUACAGUUUCAAAAUCAUCUUCCGCGUCUAGUUUACAAAUCUCAGAUGUGUCACAUCUUCCUGUUAAUGCCCAUGUAGUCACAUACACCGUCACAGAAUCUUUACCGACAGGUAGUGGCGAAAAAAUUACAACUUACAAAGACACCGGCGCAACCUCUACCGAAUACCGACACUUUGUUGCUCAAGACUCGUCUUCCAAUAUCGAUCAUUCCACAACCAUUCAGCAAAUCAGUUCCACACUUAACGAAUCAACCUCAAACUUGUCACAAGCUUCGGGUUCCACGUACACAGUGACUGAACCCUUAGAAGAACUGAAACUCACAUACAAUAAAAAUGAUUCUGGUUGGAAUGGAAAAUUCAUCAUGGAACAACCAACAAGUAAGAAAGGAAAAAAUCAAUUAAUUAAAAAAGACGGCGGCACAAUUGUCGAGGAAUCAUCCACUAGUUCUUCACAUCAAAGUAGUUCUUCCGUGCAAAAAAGUUCUUCCAGUUCCUACGUCAUCGAAAUUGUAGAUGGCAAAGAGCGCAUUGUUGAUCAGAAGCACCACGAAUCUGGCCAUGCGACCUCUUCUAGUAAUGACGAAUUUUUAUCAACCAGGAGCGGUACCAAUAUCACUCCAGAGGUGCACUAUAAACAGAAGGCCAAGGACAGCUCAACAAAAUAUGACACUGCAGUUCCGGAGUUGCAACAGCCAAAAAGUCAAAGCUCAGAAGCCGUAAGAGAAAUACACCAGGUAGGUGACCAGCACUCAUCCACCGCUUAUAUUACUCAUGACAAAAAUACCCUUGAUCACAACACAAGUAAGAGAAUUACUGAUAAAACCAAUAAAAGAGACACCACGGUCCAUUUUUUAGAUUCAGAGCGAACCGACACUGACAUAAGAAAUAUAAACAAAUCUAAACAUACCAAAACAGAUUCCAGUAAUUUCUAUGGCGAAGAUGUAUCGUCGAAAACUCAACAUUCCAGCAACACAGCUUCUACUUCUAAAACGUCAAAAGAUUUAGGCAGUACCAGCACAAUCACCACAACUACCACUUACUAUGAUUCCAAGGGUAACGUCAUCAAAACUCUUACAGACGUUGAUACUCAAAACAUUCCUGGCAGUUCCUCAACAGUUACUUACAGGGAUCAAACUAAUAAAUCCGAUUACAUUGACAAAAGGAAAACUCAUUUAAUUUCUGAUAGCACUGAUUUCAAAGGUUCCUCUGAAACUGUUAUCAUUGACGACAGUAAAAUAUUUCACGACAAAAGCCAAAAAUUAACAGACGAAACCAGAAGAACUCAAACAUCCGAUUCUAAAAACUUCUAUGGAUCUGAUGAACACGUAAUAGAUUCCACAACCAAAACCUACUAUGUAGAUGAAAAUUACGUAGAUACUCAAAAAAUUCGUAAUUCUCAGACGACCACUGAUUCGAAGAACUUUUACGGACACGGCGUAGAUUCGAAAAACACUAUGGUUUCCAAUGUAUACGACACCAAGGCUGUGCAAAACACCAUCGGCACCAAAGGCACCGUAAUAAGAGAUAGCACAAUCGACUCGACUGACAUUAUUUACUCGAACGACCGAAAUUAUGGAAAGACCGGAUGGAAUGGACAAUUCACUUAUGAAAAACCGGCAGCGGGCAAACCAUCAGUUCAACCCCAAACUCCGUCCAAAACAACACCAGCAGCUGGAAAACCAACAAAUCAACCACGAACUCCAUCCAGUACAACCCCAGCAGCUGGAAAACCAACAAACCAGCCUGAAUCAAUGCCCGCAGCUGGAAAACCCAGUCAACCAAGAAAAUCCACAAGCCCUACGAGAAAACCACAACAACCUGGAUACAAGGGUUCAUCUCCUUCAGGAAGGGCACCAUCUCCCGCCAGAAGUGAUGUCACAUCCUCUACAUUCACCGUGCAAACAGACAGACCUCCAUCACCAGCAAGAAGUGAUGUUACAUCUUCUACAUACACAAUCCCUUCGAAAAGAGGUCCAUCUCCUUCGGGAAGUGACGUUUCAUCGACCACUUAUUACGUAGAUGAAAACUACGUGGACACUUCUAAAAUUCGCAACGCACAAACUACAACAGAUUCAAGAAAUUUCUAUGGUCAUUCCACAGAUUCAAAAGGUACUGUUGUAAAAAAUGUUUACGAUACGAAAGCAGUGCAAAACACUAUUAGUUCUAAAGGAACAAUUUUAAAGGAUGAUAUUAUUGAAUCAAAGGAUGUUAUCUAUUCGUACGACAGAAACUACGGAAAAACUGGUUGGAACGGUGAAUUCAUAUACGAAACACCUACCAAACCAAACAAACAAGAACCAUACAAAACUCCAAAACGAGCUGAUUCUCCUUCGAAAUCAUCCCCAGGUAAACCUGCAAGACAAGAUUCUCCCUCUCGAAAAACAUCUGGCCCUGAUUCACCGACAAAAAAAGGUCCAAAAUCGGAAUCUCCUUCUAAAAAAUCUGAAAGACCAGAGUCACCAUCAAGAACAGGAAGGAAACCCACCCAAAAUGUGCAAGAAUUCCUUCUGACCGAAAUAAAUGAAAAUAUUACUCAGACCAUGGACGGAUAUCCCAAAAGACCUCAAAGUCCAACUAGAAAAACUACAGGUCCGCUGGAUAAAUCACACCCUUCUCGUCCUUUAGACAAAACCGGCCGAGAUGUUAGCACAUUUGAGGCUACUUCGUUGAUUGAAAAUGUUAGUUCCACCACUGAUUCAAAAACUUCUGUUUUCAAAGGAUCCACCACAUACGAAGACAAUGUUAUAACUGAAACCAUAACAAUCCUAGAUUCGUCUGGAAAACCAAUCAGCACAGAAACCAGAGUUGUUAGGGAACCAUCUAAACCUAGCGACGUUACUACAAGUGAAGUGUUUCGAAGUGAUGUCAGAGAUUCAAAAACCAACAUUACGAAAGAUUCUAAAACAAUUAUCGAUGAAACCAUAAUUGUUGACGGUCGUUCAGGACCAAGACCACGACAACCUACAGAUAAAUAUCCUGUCACUGACUCACGUACAGUUGUCGAAACAUUUGAAUCCGUCACUAAUUUAAAGGAUUCAAAGACCUCCGUUACGAAGGAUUCGCAGACGUUCGUCGAUAAUCAGAGCUCUGUAGAACAUUACACAGUAACUGACAGUUAUGAUAGUGCCAAACCAAAGGGACCAAAAGACGGCAAAUAUCCAAUCAGUGACAGACCUAAAGGACUAGAUGACAAAGGUCCAAGAAAACUAGGAGAGAGCCCCGAAAGAAGAGGACCCAAGGGCCCUAAGGGUCCCGAUGAUCAAGAACCAAAGCGAGGUCCACGUGGUCCCGGUGAUAAGGAACCGUAUACUUCUCCAGACAGACGAGGUCCAAAAGGUCCCGAUGAUAAAGAACCAAGUCGGCCAGACAGAAGGGGUCCAAGGGGACCUGACGAUAAAGAACCAGAUUGGCCAGACAGAAGGGGCCCCAGAGGACCUGACGAUAAAGAACCACAUUGGCCCGACAGAAGGGGCCCUAAAGGCCCUGACGAUAAAGAACCACAUUGGCCUGACAGGAAAGGACCAAGGGGACCUGAUGAUAAAUAUCCAGUUACGGAUUCUCGCACUGUUAUUGAAAGUUAUGAGUCCGUAACCAAUUUAUCUGAUUCGAAAACAACUGUAAUAAAAGAUUCACAGACAUUUGUGGAUAAUCAAAAAUCUGUAGAACAUUAUACCAUCACCGAUAGUUACGACAGUGCCAAACCUAAGGGACCAAAGGAUUUAAAGCAACCAAUUGAAGAUUGGCCUAAUAGAAGGGGCCCUGAUGAUAGGAAACCAGGUCCAAAAAGGCCCGAUGAUAAAACGCCAAGAGAUGGAAAGGGACCCAGAGGACCUGAUGACAAGGAACCAGACGACAGAAAAGGUCCAAAAGGUCCUGACGGAAAGGAACCAAAGAGACCUGGCGAUAAGGAACCAAAAAGACCUGGCGAUAAGGAACCAAGAAGACCUGGCGACAAAGAACCUAAGGGACCAAGAGAUGUGACCACGGUGGACAACUACGAGAUCAACGAGAGUUUUACCGAUGUCAAAACCAGCGUCAUAAAGGACUCGAAGACGUUUGUGGACGAAAAAACAGUUGUGGACAAUUUUUAUAUCACUGAUGUAAAAGAUGUAACGGACACUACCGUCAACAGGAUAACCGACAUCCGAGACGUGAAAGACACCACGGUUAAUAAAUUCACCGAUAUUAGAAAUGUUGAUGUUGUGGACAGAUACGAUAAAACAGUAAUUAACGAGAACAUACUCGACGUAAAAGAAAUUAACGAAGUCGAAGACAUUACUAACAUCAAAAGGGUUACUGACAACAAGGUGAUUAAUAUUGUGAAAACCAUCAAAGAGCCUGCCCCCGAAAGGCACUACAAACCGCCAGAGAAGGAACAAUGCAUCUGCGAACUGUGCACUUGUGGUCGUCACAGUUGUCCACAUAACCCUGAAGACUACAACGACCAUCUUCAUCCCGAAGGACCGUGGACCGGCAAACCCAAGGAUGAAUAUAACGCGACACGUGGCGAACGAGCUCCGAUCAAGAAACCGCAAGACAAUCUUCACCCUGAAGGUGAAUUCGAGAAAAGAAAACCUGAACCCUGGCAACCUGGCGAAAGAGCUCCAGUAAAGAAACCCCAAGACAAUCUUAGACCCGAGGGUGACUUCGAAAAACGUACCCCAGAGAAAUGGCAACCGGGCGAAAGGCCAACACCGAAAAAGCCUCAGGACAAUUUGCAUCCCGAAGGUGAUUUCGAAAGAUACAAGCCGGAGGAAUGGAAACCAGCUGAGAGGCCAAAGCAGAAACGCCCAGAAGACAACCUUCGUCCGGAAGGAGAUUUCGAACGACCCGAGAAGCCGGGAUACAGGCCUGGUGAAAGGCCACAGCAGAAAAAACCGGAAGAUAAUCUCAGACCGGAAGGUGACUUUGAAAAGCGCACUCCAGAGAAAUGGCGCCCCGGCGAGAGACCCGAAGCCAAAAAGCCUCAAGAUAAUCUCAGACCGGAGGGUGACUUUGAACGUCCCGAAAAACCUGGAUGGCAACCUGGGGACCGCCCGAAACAGAAGAGACCGGAAGAUAAUCUCAGACCAGAAGGUGAUUUUGAACGACCUGAAAGACCCGGCUACCAACCUGCAGAACGUCCCAAGCAAAAAAGACCCGAGGACAAUCUCAGGCCUGAAGGAGACUUCGAACGUCCGGAAAAACCUGGAUACCAACCUGGAGAACGUCCCAAGCAGAAAAGACCGGAAGACAAUCUUAGGCCUGAAGGUGAUUUUGAACGCCCUGAAAGACCUGGAUAUCAACCUGCGGAACGUCCCAAGCAGAAGAGGCCGGAAGACAAUCUUAGGCCUGAAGGUGAUUUUGAACGUCCUGAAAGACCUGGUUACCAACCUGCAGAACGUCCGAAGCAGAAGAGGCCUGAAGAUAAUCUCAGACCCGAGGGUGAUUUUGAGCGGCCUGAGAAACCAGGAUUUAGGCCAGCCGAACGUCCAAAGCAGAAAAAGCCGGAGGACAAUCUUAGACCUGAAGGUGAGUUCGAGAGACCUGAAAAACCAGGAUAUCAACCAGCUGAAAGACCAAAACAAAAGAAGCCCCAGGACAAUUUACGGCCGGAAGGAGAUUUUGAGGUUCCCGAGCCCGAUAGAUGGGAACCUGCCGAGAGGCCAGUUCAGAAACGUCCCAGGGACAAUAUAACCACAGGAGGCGAAUUUAUAGAUGAAACCACUACCAGAACUGACUUCACCGGCGAAUUAGUCCGGCGACCAAGUCCUGUACGCAGAAACACUUUCACCAAGGUAGAGGGAGAAUUUAUCUCGGACACCACCAGUAAAACUGAGUUCGUCGACUACAGCACUACCGUAGAACGCACCCAUAUCACCAAGCGAAAAGAUAACCUCACCGUAGAAGGGGAUAUGACAUUCGACACUACCACAGAGAUUUACAAAAACUUCGAUACGACAGAUCUUCGUGAAACUGUAGUUAGACACAAAGAUAACCUCAGACCAGAGGGACCGUUUGAAGGAACUCCCAAGUCUAGAGAAGAUUAUGUGCCUAAACUCACUGAAAGACCAACUCCCAAGAAACCCAAGGACAAUCUUAAACCUGAAGGUGAAUUUGAAAAACGUACUCCUGAGAAAUGGUCUCCUGGUGAAAGACCGAAACAAGUCAAACCUGAGGACAAUUUACGUCCUGAAGGAGAUUUCGAACGUCCAGAAAAACCGAAAUACAGACCAGGUGAGAGGCCACAACAGAAACGUCCCGAAGAUAAUUUGAGACCAGAAGGUGACUUUGAAAAGCGUACACCUGAGAAAUGGUCACCAGCUGAAAGACCGAAACAAAUAAGGCCUGAAGAUAAUCUUCGUCCAGAGGGUGAUUUUGAAAGACCCGAAAAACCAAGAUACAAACCAGCUGAUCGUCCUGAACAAGUGCGCCCAGAAGAUAAUUUAAGACCUGAAGGCGAUUUUGAAAGACCUGAAAAACCCAAAUAUAGACCGGCAGAAAGACCACAGCAAAAACGACCAGAGGAUAAUCUUCGUCCUGAAGGUGAUUUCGAAAGGCCUGAAAAACCAGGUUACCAACCAGCUGAAAGACCGAAACAGAAAAAACCUGAAGACAAUCUUAGACCAGAAGGUGAAUUUGAAAAACGUACUCCAGAAAAAUGGUCUCCUGGCGAAAGACCAAAACAAAUUAGACCUGAAGACAACCUCCGUCCAGAGGGUGACUUCGAAAGGCCAGAAAGACCAGAGUAUAGGCCUGCUGAAAGACCACAACAAAGACGGCCAGAAGAUAACCUCAAACCAGAAGGUGAAUUUGAAAGGCCAACUCCAACAAAGAUUGGACCAGCUGAAAGAAGAACACCUAUUAAACAUGACGACAACUUGCGACCAGAAGGUGAUUUUGAACGACCAGAUAAACCAAAGUUCAGACCUGCAGAAAGACCGCAACCGAAGAAACCAGAAGAUAAUCUUCGUCCAGAAGGUGACUUUGAAAGACGUAAACCAGAAGAAUGGCAACCUGCCGAAAGGCCAAAACAAAAGAAACCUGAGGACAAUCUUAGACCUGAAGGCGACUUUGAAAAACGGACACCAGAAAAGUGGUCUCCGGCGGAAAGGCCUAAACAGGUUAGACCAGAAGAUAAUCUCCGUCCUGAAGGUGAUUUUGAAAGACCUGAGAAACCUAAGUACAGACCUGGCGAAAGACCACAGCAAAGACGUCCUGAAGAUAAUUUGAGACCUGAAGGUGAUUUUGAAAGACCAACUCCUACUAAAAUAGGCCCCGCAGAGAGAAGGACACCUAUUAAGCAUGAUGAUAAUCUAAGGCCCGAAGGUGACUUUGAACGUCCAGAAAAACCGAAAUUCCAACCUGCAGAAAGACCUAAGCAAAAGAAACCAGAAGAUAAUCUUCGCCCUGAGGGCGAUUUUGAAAAACGUACACCUGAGGAAUGGCAACCUGCUGAAAGGCCUAAACAAAAAAGACCUGAAGACAAUCUCAGACCAGAGGGUGACUUUGAGAGACCAACUCCAACUAAAGUGGGACCAGCUGAAAGAAGAACUCCAAUCAAACAUGACGAUAAUUUGCGGCCUGAAGGUGACUUUGAAAGACCUGAAAGACCCAAAUACAGACCAGGUGAAAGACCACAACAAAAGAGACCAGAAGACAAUCUACGUCCAGAGGGUGACUUUGAAAAACGCAGACCUGAAGAAUGGCAACCAGCUGAAAGGCCACAGCAGAAGAAACCAGAAGACAAUCUUCGCCCCGAGGGUGAUUUUGAAAAACGUAGACCUGAGGAGUGGCAACCUGCUGAAAGGCCUAAACAGAAAAGACCUGAAGACAAUCUCAGACCAGAGGGUGACUUUGAGAGACCAACUCCAACUAAAGUGGGACCAGCUGAAAGAAGAACUCCAAUCAAACACGAUGACAAUUUACGCCCAGAAGGUGAUUUCGAAAGACCAGAAAAACCAAAGUUCAGACCUGCAGAAAGACCACAACCCAAAAAACCAGAAGAUAAUCUUCGCCCAGAAGGUGACUUUGAAAAACGCAAACCAGAAGAAUGGCAACCUGCUGAAAGACCAAAACAAAAACGUCCUGAAGAUAAUCUUAGACCUGAAGGUGACUUUGAAAGGCCAUCACCUACAAAAGUUGGUCCAGCUGAAAGAAGAAGUCCCAUUAAACAUGGUGAUAAUCUCCGCCCAGAAGGAGACUUUGAAAGACCCGAGAAACCAAGAUAUCAACCAGCAGAAAGGCCACAACAAAAACGUCCUGAAGAUAAUCUUAGACCUGAAGGUGAUUUCGAAAGGCCAACUCCAACAAAGGUGGGUCCGGCUGAAAGAAGAACUCCAAUCAAACACGAUGAUAAUUUACGACCAGAAGGUGAUUUCGAAAGACCGGAGAAACCAAAGUUCAGACCUGCAGAAAGACCACAACCAAAGAAACCAGAAGAUAAUCUUCGCCCAGAAGGAGACUUUGAAAAACGCAAACCAGAAGAAUGGCAACCUGCAGAAAGACCAAAACAAAAACGUCCUGAAGAUAAUCUUCGCCCAGAAGGUGACUUUGAAAAACGUAAACCAGAUGAAUGGCAACCUGCUGAAAGACCAAAACAAAAACGUCCUGAAGAUAAUCUUAGACCUGAAGGUGACUUCGAAAGACCAAGUCCUACCAAAAUUGGUCCAGCUGAAAGAAGGUCUCCAAUUAAGCAUGGCGACAACUUACGUCCCGAGGGUGAUUUUGAGAGGCCUGAGAAACCGAAAUAUCAACCUGCAGAAAGGCCACAACAAAAACGUCCUGAGGAUAAUCUCAGACCAGAAGGUGAUUUUGAAAGACCAAGUCCAACCAAGGUGGGACCAGCAGAAAGGAGGACUCCAAUUAAACAUGAUGACAAUCUUCGCCCUGAAGGUGAUUUUGAAAGACCAGAAAGGCCCAGAUAUCAACCUGGAGAGAGACCACAACAAAAACGCCCAGAGGAUAAUCUCCGCCCCGAGGGUGAUUUCGAAAGGCCAACUCCAACUAAGGUGGGACCUGCUGAGAGAAGAACUCCAAUUAAACAUGAUGAUAAUCUCAGGCCCGAAGGUGACUUCGAACGUCCAGAGAGACCGAAAUUCCAUCCUGCAGAGAGACCCAAACAAAAACGUCCAGAGGAUAAUCUUAGACCCGAAGGAGAAUUUGAGAGACCCACUCCUACUAAAGUUGGCCCAGCUGAAAGAAGAACUCCAAUUAAACAUAACGACAAUCUCCGUCCAGAAGGUGACUUUGAACGCCCAGAAAAACCUAAAUUCCAACCCGGUGAAAGACCCCUACAGAAACGUCCCGAGGAUAAUUUGCGCCCAGAGGGUGAUUUUGAAAGACCCACACCAACAAAGGUCGGGCCUGCUGAAAGAAGAACACCAAUCAAACACGAUGACAAUCUUCGCCCAGAAGGCACCUUCGAACGUCCAGAGAAACCCAAAUUCCAACCAGCAGAGAGACCAAAACAAAAGAAACCCGAGGAUAAUCUCAAACCAGAAGGUGAAUUCGAAAGGCCAGAAAUUAUUGAAGUUGGACCUUGCGAACUUCGUAAGCCUAUUAAACAUGAUGAUAAUCUCAAACCCGAAGGAAAAAUGGAGGUUAUCAGAAAAGACGAUUACAAGGUUGUACGUGGUGAACGUGUCGAUGUCGUGAGAAGAGAAGAUAAUCUUCGUAUGGAAGGUGAAUGGGAUAUAACUAGAAGAGAUGACUACAAGAAUGUCACUGUGGUCGAUAGAGCUGAGGUUAUUAAACGUGAGGAUAACCUGAAAAUGGAGGGUGAAUGGGAUAUCCGCCGUAGAGACGACUUUAAGAAAGUUACGGUUGUUGAUAGAGCUGAAGUUAUAAAACGCGAUGAUAAUUUACGUAUGGAAGGUGAAUUCACAGAUGUUCGUACAAGAGACGAUUUCAAGGUAGUUAGAGGAGAUCGUGCUGAAGUCAUCAUCCGUGAAGAUAAUCUUAGGAUGGAAGGUGAAAUCAACGAAUACAGAAAACGAGACGACUUCGUUACUAGAACAGAAAGAACCGAAGUCAUUAGACACGAAGAUAAUUUGAAAUUAGAAGGUGACUUUGAAAGACCUACACCCACAAGAGUUGGACCUGCCGAACGCAGGAGACCAAUUAAACAUGAUGAUAACCUACAUCCGGAAGGUGAUUUCGAUCGUCCUGAGAAACCUGGUUAUCAACCAGCUGAGAGACCUACUCAGAAGAAACCUAAAGAUAAUCUUAAACCUGAAGGUGACUUUGAAAGGCCCACUCCAUCGAAGGUUGGACCUGGAGAACGCAGAACGCCUAUUCGACAUAACGAUAAUCUUAGACCAGAGGGUGAUUUUGAAAGACCAGAAAAGCCUGGAUUCCAGCCAGCUGAAAGACCGACGCCCAAAAAACCUAAGGACAACCUUAAACCAGAGGGUGACUUUGAUAGGCCAACUCCAAGUAAAAUCGGUCCUGGCGAAAGAAGAACACCAAUUCGUCAUCCCGAUAAUUUACAUCCAGAAGGAGACUUUGAAAGGCCGGAGAAAUCUGGAUACAGACCCGCUGAAAGACCAACUCCGAAGAAACCUCAAGAUAAUUUGCACCCAGAAGGUGAUUUCGAAAGACCAACACCAAGUAAAAUCGGCCCCGGUGAAAGGAGAAGUCCAAUUCGUCACCCUGACAAUCUACACCCUGAAGGAGACUUCGAAAGGCCCACUCCCAGUAAGGUCGGUCCAGGAGAAAGAAGAACUCCAAUUCGCCACAAUGACAAUUUGCGUCCUGAAGGAUCGUUCGAUCGUCCUGAGAAAUCACCAUAUCAACCAGGUGAAAGACCAACACCCAAGAAACCACAAGAUAAUUUGCGCCCAGAAGGCGAUUUUGAAACUCCCACUAAACCUAAGUAUGGUCCUGGAGAGAGAGCCGAGAUUGUCAAGCAUCCAGAUAAUCUUAGACCCGAGGGAGACUUCACUGGCACGCCAAAGAGCAGAGACGAUUUUAAACCAACACGCGGCGAAAGAGCUCCUGUUAGAAAACCUCAAGAUAAUCUCAAAAUUACUGGCGAAUUCCAGGAUACCACUGUUGCUAAAUCUCAAUAUACAGUUGUUCGUGGAGAGAGGGCCGAGAUUAAGAAACACGAAGAUCAUCUGAAGGUUGGAACUGGUCGUAUGGAGACUGUUACUACCACUAAGGAAACCUUUGAAAAGACUCCAAAGAAGGAGGGUCCCGUCACACCAUCUGGACGUACAGUUGUCAACAGACGUCGUCAUAUGGAGUCCCAUAUUACACUGGGCGAUGAUACUACAAACAUGCAAACCACCAACCAAACCAACUACAAAACAUUCACAAGAAAAGUUGAUAGGAGACAAGAAGUGGUUGACAACAAAGAUGUUAAAAUUGUGGAUAAAAAGAUCAUUGAUAACAAAGAUGUUAAAGUUAUUGAGAAAAGGCAAAAUGUUGUUGAACAGAAGGAUGUUACCAAUGUUGUUAAUAAUAGAGAUAUGAAGAGCCAACAAUCUACCAAUGUCACCACCGAUAGAAAAACUUUGGCCGAUGGCACUGUAGUUGUGACAACAAGGAAAGUAACGACAACCAGACAUGGCACUGAGAAUGUCACGGGAGGUACUCAGCAAGUCGUAAAUGGAACGAACGAGGUCCACAGGUCUUCAUCACAAACUCAUGUUCAUCAAAACCAGCAACAUAUUGAAAAUCGCAAUGUAGUCAACCGCAAUCAGCAUAUCCACAAAGAAGUUGUAACUGGUUCAAACCAAAUUCAAAAAUCCUCGUCUCAAACACACGUUACGAAUCAAACUACGAAUGUGGUCCACAAUAACAUUGUUCACACCAAUGUGAACAAACAACAUACAGAAAAACAUGUUUCACAGGCAAAUCAUCACAGAAAGAGCGUGUUAUCAUCCGAAGAAAUCAACAACCAGAUUUUACACCGCAAAGGUUUGCAUACUUCAACUGAAGCGUUACACGCCACAAGUUCUGCAGCUUUGGACAUGAGAAAGUCCAUUUGUAACUUGCACGAUCAAGGAAGAACUGUAACAAAUACAGAAAGACACAGUCUGAGCUCUAUGCACAGAUCCAAUCUGGAGUCUAAUGCGACCAACAGACGUAGCUUACAGAACACAACUACCUACCAAGUUGUCGACAGACCCCAGAAAAUUGUGCGUAGAGACAAUCUCUCAGUCGGAGGACACUUCUAUGGACAAUCGGAGGCAAAAUCAUACGGUGAAUUUACUAAACAGCAAAACAUACAGCGUGUCGAGAGAGUGACUAGAAGAUCCAACGUUUCGAAUAUCACACUAGGUGACAGUAAUGUACACGUAGUGACAUCAUAUAAAAAGGAGUAUGCUCCAAGAAAUGUCGGUCCUUGCCCAGCUACAUACGUGGACGUCCCCAAAGGUCCGUUUGUGCACACCAGGGACACCAAGUCUCACAAGUUCUACAAACCCGUGACAACUAAAAUAAAUUAGUUAGUUUUUCAUUUCAUUUCAUAAUUUAAAGACUGUUUAAUCUAACAUUCUAACAUUGUGAUAUUAUAAUAUUGUUUAUUGUUAUUCAUUAAUAAUUUUAAUAUGUAUUAUUUUUCGGACGGUAGAGGCAAUAAAAUUGCAAAAUAUAUUAAAAGCUUACGGUACGGGUUUUAUAUACAUAUAUAUUUUUAUUUUUGCUUUGAAUCUUUUAUUUUUGUAAGUGAAUCCGCUUACUAUUGCUUGUAUUGAACGUAUAAAACCCAAAUAAAUUUAUAAUUUAGUAUUUUAUUUUAUUUAUUUACUGUUUUCCUUUUUUGUGUUGUAUUUGAGUGUUCCAACUCCAAGUCUCAUUUAUAAUGUAAAUGAAAAUUUGUGGAGUAUCAUACUUUUGUUCAUGAAGGCACCUUCAGAUAAGUCGUCUUAUAUGAAGUGGGUGUAAAGGGAAAUGUAAAUAAAACGUGAAUAAACUAUUAUUUUGUA